AAUGUACCACCAGAGAGCGAGUUUUCAGCGUUGGUUGAAAACAACAAAACUGGAUGCGAAUGUGGUUUAGUUUCGUGCCGGAUUGUUGGCGAAGUUUCGCCACAAGAAUUGAUUAACCAUGUCACAUUGUAGACUAGAUAGCACAGAGUCCAUGGAGGCGGAAUCUAGUGAAUACGACGACGAUGAAGACGAUUGUGGUGAUGAUUACUACACCAAUAAUUUCGGCGAAGAUGAUGGCAUUGACUUUGACAGAGAAGAAGACCCUGAGUUUUUUUCAUUCUCUUUGGUGCCACCAGAAGAAGCAAAACAAAUGUUCGAUACAAUCACCGCUAAAGCCAGCAAAGAGAUGCAGAUCUCGACAUCUAUUGCAAGACUUCUGUUAAUAGCUCAUAAAUGGAAUUUAGACAAGUUACUUGAGAGGCACAGAAUUGACCCUGUUGGUUUGAUGAUUGAGUGUCGUGUGAUGCCCAAAAAAACCCUCAAAUGCAUGCCUUCAAGGCCAACAUACUGCCCCGUGUGCUUCCAGCGCAUGCCUCGGACGGUCACCAUUAGUCUUCCAUGUGGCCAUUUCUUUUGUGAUUCAUGCUGGAGUGCACAUUUUGCAAGUCAACUUCAGAUUGGUGUUUCAUCAGGGAUCGAAUGCAUGAACUGUAAUCUUCUAGUUGGUGAAACAGUUGUACUCAAUGUACUCAAAGGAGGAAAGCUUCGAGAGAAAUUUAUAAAUUUUCUUUUUAAUGAUCAAAUAAAGACCUUCAGUAAGCUUCGUUGGUGUCCUGGAAUAAACUGUGGCUUCCUGGUCAGAGCAGAAGAACCAGCAGCCAAGCGAGUUAUCUGUAGUAAAUGCAACACAAUGUUUUGUUUUUCCUGUGGAGAGAAAUAUCAUGCUCCAACUGAUUGUGCAACUAUAAGGAAAUGGUUAACCAAAUGCGAGGAUGAUUCAGAAACUGCAAACUACAUCACAGCAAACACAAAAGAUUGUCCAGAAUGUGGAAGUUGCAUAGAGAAGAAUGGAGGUUGUAAUCACAUGCAAUGCAUUAAAUGCAAGCAUGAUUUCUGCUGGAUGUGUAUGGGCACUUGGAAAAGUCAUGGCUCAGAGUAUUACGAAUGCAGUCGCUACAAGUCCAACCCAAACAUUGCCAAUGAGUCCGCUGGAAUCCAGGCUAGGGAGGCUCUCAAAAAGUAUCUCUUCUACUUUGAGAGGUGGCAAAAUCAUGCAGAUAGUUUAAAAAAGGAGGCAGAAACUCAACGAAAAAUAAACCAGAAAAUUCAAGAGAAAGUGAAUAACAAUAUUGGAACCUGGAUAGACUGGCAAUAUCUGCUGAAUGCAACAUCUCUACUUGCCAAGUGCCGGUACACGCUCAUGUACACCUAUCCCUAUGCAUAUUUUAUUGAGAAUGGAAGGAAAAAGCUGUUUGAAUACCAGCAAGCUCAGCUAGAGGUCGAAAUCGAGAAUCUGUCGUGGAAAUUAGAAAGAGAUGACUCUUAUUCGAGAGGGGAUUUUGAAAAUCAAAUGGACAUAGCAGAGAAGCGAAGGCAGACGCUAUUAAAGGACUUUUCCGCCAACUGAAGGGACUUGUCGCGAGCGUAUUACCAGCGCACCGUCCGGAUGUCCCUCGUCGUUGCCGGCUUACGACUAUAAGGGAUCACCUUUCUUUGGUAGUUUCUACUAACUUUCUUCGGUAGUUUCUACAAACUUGUCUAUCAGUUAAUAUUAGGGCAGCGAAUAUGCUGUUACAGUAGAAGAGCGAAAGCGUAUUAUCUUUUUUAUUGAAAAAGAAUAUCGAAGAUUAAACAUCUAUGUGGUGAGA